AUGGCCUCCAGAUCGGGGGCCGGCUCUAAUGGGAAUCGCCAACCACGCCCACGAGAUGCACGACGACAAUUCCGACCCGUCUCUCUCCCCACCUUGCCGUCAUUGCGAACCUUGAACAUUGAGCGGCGACGUCCUGCACCGCCCCUGCCACCACCCCCCGCCUUAUCCGCCGCGAAUCAUAGCGCUGAUGUCGCAACGAACGACUCCCGUCCCGCAACGAGAUACUGGUCGGCAGCCGCUAGGAGGGCCGAGCGCAUCCGCAAUCUCGACGAUAGAGCCCCCAGCUUGGACGACCUGGAGUCCAACGCCAUUGAUCAAUCGUGGUUCUCGACAGCACGCGCCUCUCUCCGCUUGCGGCCCAUCCACACUACCACUGCCAGCAGCCAACAUCACUGGGCACCCAAUCUUGAUGAGCUCGACCAAAGCCUUGACGAAGCCAACUCGCAGCUUCGCUCUCUUCUGGACAUGACGAAUCACAUCAACCUCAUGACCCCCUUGCUUCCAGCCGGUCUCUCCCCCGUGACUCGGUCCCACGACUUCCCCGACGACACCAUCAGAAACAAACGCCGCAAGAUCGACUCAAGCCGGCCAGUUCCCAGUUUUAAGGGGUUCCGAUAUGGCAAGUAUGGACAGGUCGAACCGGGCCAGUUACAGAUGGAGAUGGUCAGCUGUGACGGAGGCAUGUUUUCAAACGAGUCGUCGUAUGCGGCCGAGAAUAUCCUCAAAGACGACAAUUCCGUAUACUGCACCAAGGGAAACCGGUGUAAUAUUGUCCUACGACACCAAGGCGCCACGGUUUUCACUCUGCAAGAGUUGACAAUCAAGGCCCCUACCUCUAUGAGCUAUUCACAUCCAGUUCGUGAAGGCAUGAUUUUCAUCUCCAUGGAUCAGGACGACAUCCUCAGUCGCACGGCGCAGUAUCAGAUCCAAUACCCACCGUCAUCUCACCACGGCAACUGGAACUCCAACGACAGCAGCGCAGCUUCGGUCAGCAACUCUCGCCAGGCUGAGCGAGACCCCACCCCUAGACAUAUCAUUUCCAUACGGCACCACGACGAUGGCACCACAUCCACCCGCGUCCAUCGGUCUCAUCCCCCGCAUAUCUUUCUCCACGACUCCCGCCAAAGCCAGCACGGCAACCGUCAGACCCACCAGGACGAGGACGCGGGUCCCGACCAUUCUUUACCGGAAAUGCCCCAAGAAUUUACCACGAACCAGCCCGACUUCAACAUUACCACCGAAUGCACCUCGGACGAAGAAGAAGGUUACGAAGUACCCCAUGUUCUCCGCCGGGCCCCUAACCGCAUCGGCUCCCUGCCCUUUGAGACGGAAACGUCCGAUUCCGAGGAUACAGCAAACCCUUUUUCAGCAUCCGAGCUUGCCGAAGCAUUCCCCCAGCAAAUCCCGCAACUACCCCCCAUGCUGGCCAUUCAAGGCCCUUCACACACUGUACCCCACGAACGAGAAGGAGAAAGGGACCAUUCCAGCCUCUCUCUCUCGGAAGCGUGGGAAGCCCACGCCACCGCCACUCAAGAGGCUGUUCGUGCCGUAGGAGGGACCCUUCUUGUCCCCCACGCCAGGUUCUUCAUUGAGAAGAAAAAGUCAAAGUGCACCAUUCGAUUUGACCCCCCCGUUUCAGGGAGGUUUAUCCUCCUCAAAAUGUGGAGCUCACAUCACACAUCCCACGGCAACAUUGACAUUCAGAGCGUCAUGGCCAAAGGCUUUGCUGGGCCUCGGUUCUUCCCCUCGGUGCAACUAAGUUGA